AUGAAUGGGGAAAGGAAGGAAGGCUCUGUGUCUCUCAGUGUAUUCCUGGUGUCUGUUGCGUCCGUAGUAUGUGCCGUUUGGCUGGUAGCUCUAUGUGGCGUCUGCACCUGGUGUCAACGUAAACUGGGGAAGAGGAAUAAGCCCGGGGUGGAGGCUGCCAGCUCUCCAGAUUCUGUGAGAGGUCGAGGGGAAAAUAAAGCCAUCAACCACAAUGAUAUGGACAGAGACUUUUGGAAUAACAAUGACAGCAGCAACGUGCAACAGAGGUGGAGCUCCUACCCACCGAAGGAGUUCCUCUUGAACAUGUCUCCCUAUACCCCCUAUGGAGACCCUCGCCUCACGCCCAAUUUCGGGGACGCUUCCCUUUCGUCUGCUUCCACCCUGGAGCACAUCCCGUCCUCAGCCAUGGCGCGCCCUCGGCCCUUGGUCCGGCAGCAGAGCCUCCAACAGCCUCUCACUCACCAGCCCCCUCCGGGUCCUAACGACCCCCCAGUCACCUCUCAGAGCCUGGGCCAGCUGCACACAGGCCCAGGCGGCGGGGGCCCACGCGGGGGCCCACGCGGAGUCCGGGGGAGUCCGGCUGGAGCCUCCCGGUGCAGAGGUGGAGGGGCAGGUCGAUCAAGGUCAAAUCCUGGCAGCUGGGAUCACAUGAUGGAGCAGAUCCGGCACAGAGGGCUGGACGUCAAGUCGUUCUUUGAGGGGAAGAUGGUUGUUCUGUCUCUAGCAAUCGGGCUGGCUGAACAGGAUGACUUUGCCAACCUCCCAGAUCUGCAGGAAGCGCCAGCAAGCAAAGAAAACGAAACUGCACCAGAAAAGAGGACUCCGGGUAACAAACCAGGCAGCAGCCCCAGAGAUGAGAGCGGACGCCGCCACGAUGCCAACUCCUCUGUUUCUGACUUGGCCAACUCUGUCACCAGUGACAUGCUAAUGUUGUCUCCAGGUUCGGAGGAAGAUGACCACGAGGGUCCAGUGUGUGAGAAGCUGGGUCGUGUUCAGUUCAGUGUUGGAUACAGUUUUCAGGACUCCACCCUCACUGUCAAAAUUCUCAAGGGCCAGGAUUUGCCUGCCAAGGACUUUUCCGGCACCUCUGAUCCGUUUGUCAAACUCUACCUGCUGCCAGACAAGAAGCACAAGCUGGAGACCAAAGUCAAGAGGAAGAAUCUGAACCCCCACUGGAACGAGACCUUCCUGUUUGAAGGGUUCCCCUAUGAGAAGGUGGUCCAGAGGAUCCUCUACCUGCAGGUUCUCGACUACGACCGCUUCAGCAGGAAUGACCCCAUCGGAGAGGUGUCCGUCCCCCUCAACAAACUGGACCUGGCCAACAUGCAGACUUUCUGGAAGGAGCUUAAACCAUGUAGCGAUGGCAGCGGGAGCCGAGGGGAUCUGCUGGUGUCUCUGUUCUACAACCCCACAGCCAACACCAUCAGUGUGAGCAUCAUCAAAGCCCGCAACCUCAAAGCCAUGGACAUCGGAGGCACUUCUGACCCUUAUGUAAAAGUGUGGUUGAUGAACAAGGAUAAGCGUGUGGAGAAGAAGAAGACGGUGGUGAUGAAGAGGUGCCUGAACCCUGUUUUCAACGAGUCCUUCUCCUUUGAUGUGCCUGCACACGUGCUGAGGGAGACCACCGUAAUUAUCACCGUCAUGGACAAGGACAGGCUCAGUCGCAAUGAUGUCAUUGGAAAGAUUUACCUUUCAUGGAAGAGCGGCCCUGCAGAGGUAAAACACUGGAAAGACAUGAUGGGUCGUCCUCGUACCCCUGUGUCCCAGUGGCAUGCUCUUAAGGCCUGAGGGACCCAGCAACCAACCUGCCUGCAGAGUUUUCCCCCUCAGAAUUCAGCAUCAGCCUCUCAACCCCUGCCCUCAGUACAUAACCCUCUAACUGCAGUCUUGAGCUGCCGGCAAUGGAUGUCAUUUCUUUGUUCUCAGGCUUCUUUGAUAUCCUCCGCCCUCAGUCCUCCUGACACCAUCCCUAAAUUUCACCCAAGUCAAGUUACGAUUCCAACCGGACCCCUUGCCUCAUCUCUGUCUGAACUUAAAAAUGUAUUUGAUGUCUUCACUCACCUCCUCCUUGUGACCUCUUUCUAUUAGAUUUUUUUUUUUACUCCUCACUCUUAUCUCCAUGUCGACCUCUCCAAGUGUUUAACAUCAGAGCAGCACCUCUUGCCACCCAUGAAUACAAACUACCAACCAAAAAUGGAUCAAACUAACAUUCCAACCAUCCUCUGUGGCAGCAAAACGGGCUUCAUUCAAACCUGUACCUGAGCUGUGCGACCUAUUUACCACCUUCAACACAGUGUGUCUGCUCUUCGCCCCCUCGUUUGAGUCUUCUUACUCACGAUUCAUCCAUACCUUUAAAAUGCUUGAAAAACCAGGAAAAUCGACACAGGCAAAUGAACUGGAAUUGGACUCUUGUCACUCUGCUCAUGUUUGACCUUUUUCACUCUUCCUCUGGCAUUCUCCCUUGGCGGAAACCCUUCCUUGUAUGUGCGUGCUGUGGGUGAUGUGCCGUAACCUCAAAUGAAGUUCUUCAACAAAAAAAAGGAUAUGAACAUUAAUUGCUGGUCCAAUAGGUUAAGUGUCCCAAAAAAAUAACUUUUUCUUUGGAAAAGAAAUCCCGAUGGACAGGACAAAAAAGUGUCAAGUGAUUAAUGUUGUGUUUUGUUUUACAAAAGAAGAGAAUCAACCUGUUCUUCCAGACACUGAAAAUAAGAAAAAAGCCAGCUUCCAUAAGUGUGGAAGUGUGGGUUAAUGCGUCUGUGUGGGUUAAUGCGUGUGUGUGUGUGUGUGUGUGUGUGUGUGUGUGUGUGUGUUUGUGUGUGUGAUAGAAUAAUAUAUAGUAUUUUGGACUUGAACAGCUAAAUUAAGAUGAGACUAAGAUGUUGAAAAUAUCCCUUGAUAACAAUGAUGAAAAUAAGGUAUUGUUAGAAUUUGUGAUGUUGAAGUUAGAGAAGGUGUGGGGAGGUCACUGCGGUUAAUGGGUCAAUCCACCCAAAACACAAACACACGUAUUUCGAAGCCAGGCAGCUUAAUCCACAUCCAUCCCCAUUAUUUGAACACACCAUCCAUCGGGGAAUCUAAAUCUGAAAACUUCCUGCAUGGUUACUUUUGAUGCAAACCAGGUAUUGAACAGGUUGUGAUUCUUCAUUCGUGAGAUCUUGAGAAAACUCUGAAGAGGGCCGUGAGUACUUAGGAAAAAUAAACUAAUCUGCCCUUUAGUUUUGAUACACUCAAUAUUUUAUGAUUUGUGUGAACAAUUUAUGUAUGCAGGCAAUACAUUACUUUGUUACUGUAACAGAUGGUAAUAUGUUAAAUAUGUUGAUGUUGAAUAUUGUUGUAUAAAUUGGAUAUAAAUAUAUAAAUAAUUGAAAACACACUAUCUGUUCACUAAACCUGGAAUAGCCAUGAAAGAACACUAUAAACUUUUUUUUUCUUCUUUUUUUUACAAAUAACUAUGAGUCUGAAAACAAUAUAAAACCAAAUUUUGUAUCAAUAUCAAGUCAGUCUUCCAGUUAUUUGCUUCACUGCCUUGCUCCUCACCAUAUGUGCUCCCCCUCUCCAAGUGUCAGACAGGGGCGGGGGACGGGGGGAGAAAAAAAAGGUGGGAUAGGAGAUAAUCGUCACCUCUUUGCAUCACUGUUAGCUCAUCUCAGGUCGGAGCGUCCCAAAAUAACCAGGAACACUGUCAUCUGUCUGUCCUGAUGGCCAUGUGUGAGAAACAAGGCAUUACUAUCAGUGCUGCUGACAAAGCAUUACAUUCCAAAGGCUUGGUGAAAGUCACUUUAAUCAAUGCAACUUAAAUAUUGGUUAAAUAACAGUCAGGGUUUGGUAUAUUUUAGUUUUCUAAAAUUGAGCUACAUUUUGGAUGUCUACACCCUUCACUGGCCAAAUAUGCUUAUCCCAUUAUCUUGGGGGACUGCUUGAGACAAAGAGAGGUUAACCAGCAACAUUGUAAUUGAUAUACUGUACAAAUGAUUGUGAAGUGUCCUGUAUAAAAAAAAAGAAGAACAAAUAAUCAUCAGUUUGAACUGGGGUUGUUGAUAUCUGUCUGUCCUUGGUAUCACUCAGCCUCGUCUUUCACUCCCCUUUCUCUUUGUAGUUACACAUCUGUGGUGUGCACAAUGUUAAAUAUCAACCAUUUAUUUUUUGAAAUCUGUACAGUGUAUAUAAAAAUAUAGAUGUGUAUAUAAAACAAAGAUACUUCUGGUAUUGUUAUGAGUUUUUCAGAAACCUGUUUAAAAAAAUGCUGUUAUAUUACAACAAAAAGGUGUAUUUUGUGUAGUCGGUGGAAGAAGUAAUACGAUCCUUGACUGAAAAGUGACAUGUUUAUAUUAAAUAAAUACCUAAAAAUAUAA